AUAAUCAUCGAGCACCCUCCCGUGUUCUGCAGUGAUGAGGUUCCUGUAUGCUUUGCAACUAGCUAUGAAUGGUGCCAUAGGUAUUUUGAAAUUGAUCUGGAGAAGGCAGGAAUCGAGGGAUGGGUGAUGGAUGUGAUCCGACCAAAUAUUACCGUUCGUGAACGGUGUGCCUGCAGGAAAGACUGUGGUGCUGUCUACGAACUUAAACUACAACUACUAAGAAGAGAUGAAAAUUAUGAUAAAAAUGUUCUCCUACCACGCUUCCCUACACAUUCUCGGUUUUGGGGUCAGUGGGAAGGUGGAGAUUCUUGGGAAACGGUCGAACACGUCUACUCUGAUUACCCUUGUGGAAUGCGAAAACUUGCUGUCAUGAGUCGUGGAAAAGAUAGCCAGUACUGGGCUGGACAUUACGGUGCAAAAUUUGGUGCAACGGAAGUGAUUGUUACCUUCCCGGAUGAUCCAAGGGAGUUGUCACCGGAAGACUUUCCUGACGAAGAAAAGAAACUCCUCAGUGAGCCAUCCCACUGGCCUCUCCGAAGUCUGCGUGUUCCUGUCGGCAUAAGGGAUUAUGGUUCCGCUUCCGUUAAUACAGUUAACAAAGCGAUCAUUCUUGAUCCAAAAACAUUCUACUGUACCUCAGAUGGAGAAAUUAUUGACAAUUUUCUUUCACGUCUUGGUGACUUACCAGAAGAUGGCUUGUUCCAACUGCAUUUUCGUGUUCUUGGAGGAAAGGGAGGGUUUGGCUCACUUCUCCGUUCCUUCCGUGUUAACAAAAGUACGAAUCAGCUGAUGUGUCGUGAUCUAAAUGGUCGUCGUCUCGCAUCGAUCGACGAAGAAGAGCGGUUGAAGAAAUGGAUUGAGAGAAUGGCAGAGCGUGAGAAGGAAAAAAUAGCGAAAAGAAAGGCGAAGUAUGAGAAGCUGAAAUCUGGGCCUCCAAAGCAUAUGUUCGAUGAUACCGACUAUAUGCGUCAAAAAGAGACUAUAAUUGAAAAGACUGAAGAAGCUUUCGAAGAAGGUUUUUUGGAAGCUUUGAAAGCUGAACGUGAGAAAGAAAGGAGAAAGCCUGUGGAGUCUUCGUCCGAUUCUGAUUUUGAUAUCGAUGAUUUACCUGGUAGCUUGAAAACUAGAAAACGAAAGGCAGGAUCGAUGUCGGCAGAAGUCGAGCAGAAAAAGACGAAAUUGGAUGACGAAGAUGAUGAUUCUAGUUCCGAUUCGGAAGAGAAUGAUGUCGACCCUGAACUGCUUCGUGAGAUCCAGGACUAUUUUACCGCCCAAAAAGGGGAAUCGUCGAAGUCAUUGCAAGAAUGA